UUCUGUCUGGGCUGUGGCAGCGGGCAAGGCUGGGCGACAUGUCCAGGGCACAGAUCUCGGCUCUGGUGUGCGGUAUCGGAGGGUUUGGUGCUCUUGUUGCUGCCACUACGUCCAAUGAGUGGAAAGUGACCACCCGUGCAUCCUCUGUAAUAACCGCCACCUGGGUUUACCAGGGACUGUGGAUGAACUGCGCAGGUAACGCCUUGGGCUCCUUCCAUUGCCGGCCGCAUUUCACCAUCUUCAGAGUUGAAGGUUACAUCCAGGCGUGUAGAGGACUCAUGAUCGCUGCCGUCAGCCUGGGCUUUUUUGGCUCCAUUUUUGCACUCUUUGGGAUGAAGUGCACCAAAGUUGGAGGCUCAGACAAAGCCAAAGCUAAAACCGCUUGCUUGGCUGGGAUUGUAUUCAUAUUGUCAGGUCUGUGCUCCAUGACAGGCUGUUCCCUGUAUGCAAACAAAAUCACAACAGAGUUCUUUGACCCUCUCUUUAUGGAGCAAAAAUAUGAGCUGGGAGCUGCUCUCUUCAUUGGAUGGGCAGGAGCCUCUCUCUGCAUCAUUGGUGGGGUCAUAUUUUGCUUCUCAAUAUCUGACAACAACAAAACACCCAGAAUGGGCUACACAUACAAUGGACCCACGUCUGUCAUGUCUUCUCGGACCAAGUAUCCUGGUGGAGAAGGAGAUUUUAAAGCCACAAGCCCUUCAAAACAGUUUGAUAAGAACGCUUACGUCUAAAAGACCUCCUGGCAAGCCGUGGUGUCUUGAGUUUGCCUUGAACUGUCCACACAACGAUCCUUCCCAGGCUCCUCCUGUAAUUAUCACUUCAGCUUGUUUUUUUUUUUUUUUUAAAUAUGAAUUUGAAGACUGUUGAUUGGAUGGAUGUAAAUGUUUCUUACAGUUAUAUGCUAAUCAUUUUCUGUUGCGCCUUUCUCUAGGGAAAAUAAACAGGUUAUCUACAGGAUCUGUAUGUUUUAUACACGUGGAUGCUCUUAGUUCAGAGGCUCAGGAGAUGCUGGGGGUGACAGCCACUUUGAUCUUUAGUAUGCCUGGAGUGUCCCUCAUUUCACCCACAUGAGACAGAAGUGUGUAGGGGGUGGUGUCCUGUGAACGGGACAGGUAUAGUUAGAGGCUGUUGGUCAUCAUGUUAAACAGCUGCAUUACUAUCUGCCACGUAGAGCUGUCCGUCAGGCCUGCCAUGCACGAUGACAGCUCAGCAAGGUCCAACCGGGCCAUACAGGUUUGUCUGACACCGAAAAUCUCAGUAGGUGAGCUGGGCACUGGUGGUGGUUGAAUCCAAAGCCAGCUAAGGGAGUCGUAGAGUCUGUGUGUUACCUUCCGUUCUCACUUCCUGUGUCUCGUGGGUCCUACCCACAACACUCACCAGGCCACUGAGACAUCAGCUGUUUUCCGAGACGUGGGACAAUGCUGCAGAUUUAUCCCCGAGGCUGGCCCUGCCUAUCACUCGCCCACAAAGGCAGUAAUUGUUCUUGCUGCCACACAGCUUAUGUGCCCAUUUAUACUUACAGCACCCUUGAUGGUAAGUAGGUAGUUUCGUCUUCCUGCAUAUACAGCGAAGAAAAGUAAAUCGGAGGGAGAGUUGAAGGGAGGGGUCCGUUAGAGACAGGGCCAGGACAUUAGCUGGGAUGGUCUCAGGGUUGUGAGUGGUGGCCGAAAAGGAAAAGUCACAUUGUUUGCAGGUACUCAAUGGAAAGAAAAAGAAAUUUUAAAAAAUGUUUUUUUAAAAUACAAUUAAAAAUUUUUAAAUGCCA